AUGAUAAACGCGUUCAUGGACAGCGGACACCACCACCUCACCGCUUACGGACUUAAAAUGUCUCCGGGACACGACGGAGGUGGUGCGACGAUUCCCGCACCCCAUCAUAAUCCCGCAGCCGCGAUGACGGCGCCCGAGGUGGGACCCGGUGCACAAAAUCACCAUUUCCAGGCCAACUACGGCCACAUGGGCCACCUGAACCCGCACGCGGGAUACGCGACGCGAGAUUUUUUACUCCGACGUGAUCAUCACGAGUUCCCGACGGCCCAAACCGCUCCCAGUGACUCGAUGUUGUUUCAUCACCACGGAGAGAUCGCGCCGCACCAUAAUCUCCACCUACCGCCCCAUCACCAAAUGCUUUAUUCGCGAACGGAUCACCACGCUGCCUAUCACGCUCAACCUAAUCAUCAGUACAUCAAUCACCACCCGAUGGGUAUGCCUCACCAUCCGGGUAACAUCCAUGGUGGUUUUUUCAAAUAUAUGAGGCCGAUCAAGCAGGAAAUGCAGUGUUUGUGGAUCGAUCCCGACCAACCUCCCCCGAAAAAGAUUUGCGGGAAACAUUUCACGACGAUGGCCGAGAUCGUGGGACACCUGGGUGUCGAACACGUAGGUGGGCCGGAGAUUACGAACCACGCGUGUUAUUGGCAGAACUGUUCGCGAAACGGUAGGCCGUUCAAAGCGAAAUACAAAUUGGUGAACCACAUCCGGGUGCACACGGGAGAGAAACCGUUCCAUUGUCCUUUUCCAGGGUGCGGGAAGGUAUUCGCCAGGAGCGAGAACUUGAAAAUACAUAAACGGACGCACACCGGCGAGAAACCGUUCAAAUGUGAAUUCGAAGGCUGUGAUAGGCGAUUCGCCAACUCGUCGGACCGCAAAAAGCACUCCCACGUCCAUACCAGCGACAAACCCUACAACUGUAGGGUGGCGGGCUGUGACAAAUCUUACACGCAUCCCUCGUCCCUCCGGAAGCACAUGAAAGUGCACGGCAUGUCCGGGAGGUCACCACCACACUACGACAGCGACGGAGAAGAGUCGAACAGUUCGUCGACGGGAAGCAUCUCCGUAGCUGUGUCGCCCCACGUCAACGCCGGCCUCCAGGUACCCGGUACGACGACGAUCAGCGAUUGGUACACGGGGUGCCAGCCGGCUCAACCACCUGGAGAUCAUCUGGGUAGUUUGGGUGGACCCUUCAGUGGUUUACACCAUACAGGAGCGGCGACUGCGUAUUGA